AUGUGUAGCUUCCUGCUGGCCAACUGGCUUAUCAGCAACCUCACCUAUGUCAACUUCUAUCUACAAUUCCGUGGGCCCGAUGCCACUAAUCGAUGGCAGGGCUACGGGUAUGACUUCGUGCACAACCUCUUGCACAUGACCGGUGAAAGAAGCCUCCAACCGUUUCAUAGUCCUGAGGAUGGGCUCGUAGCUCUCUUCAAUGGAGAAAUCUACAACUGGCAAGAACUGGAGACAGUUGAAGGCUCUUUCCGCUCAGAUGGGGACGCCAUACUUAGCGAGUACUCGAGAUUCGGCCGAAGAUUCGCAAGCCGCUUGGAUGGGGAAUACGCCAUCGCCGUUUUCGACUUCCGAGCGGGUGAGGCCUUCCUCGUCAGAGACGCCUUUGGAACCAAGCCGCUUUGGUAUGCCAAGAGCCAGUCGGGCAGAUUUGCUGUGGCCUCCUAUGCCUCAGCAUUGCAAAGGCUAGGUUUUGAGGACGACGAGCUCCGACAGGUGGAACCUAACAGCGUGGUCACGUUUCAGCUGCCACGGGCAAGCGAUCCAGUGGAAGCACGCACCUGGCCAACCGUCGAAGCAGCCCACUCGCCAGAACUCGUGGAGCGUCGGGCCGUGUUUGAGUUCGAUUUGCGUCAGCACAAGACCCAUAUGGAAGACUGGCAGAAGGCCUUCCGAAUGGCAGUGCAGAGAAGAGCUGCUGCUGGUAAGAUGGUUCCAGGAAGGCAGACUCCAGCCAUGUGCUUAAGCGAUGGAUACGACAGCGGGGCCAUCGCGCUCUCACUCGGCAAGCUCGGAAUUCAGCCGGCAAUGUACACUGUACAGGCUCGAGAAGACGUCAAGGUCCUGGUUGAGCGUUUCUUCCACAUGACAAAGCAAAGCAUGAAUGCCACGUGGAAGCUCACCCGUCUCUCCACUGAAAGCUUCGAGCAAGAGAAGCGUUUCCUCCGAGAGAGGGCAGAGCGGGUGCAGUACAAACUGCGCCCGGGUUAUGCCAACCUGGACGACAAGGCAGCUGCGGGGCUGUCCUGGAUCUACCGCCAGGCCGCAUCCGACGGCCACAGGCUCUUUCUGUCGGGCAGCGGCGCAGAUGAGCUCAUCUCGGACUACGGAAGUUCUGGCAGGGCGCUGGAGUUUCACAGCACUCUUAGGGGAGUUUUCCCGGAGAAGCUGUGGGAGGUCUUCCCUUGGCUCAACUUCUUCCGUGGGACACAGCAGGACUAUCUGGCCAAGGAGGAAUGCACAGCUGGUGCGCACGGUAUCGAAGCACGGUAUCCUUUCUUGGACCGAAGCUUGGUGCAGGAAUAUCUUUGGCUCACCAGGGAUUUGAAGAAUUCUGUCUACAAGGCUCCUCUCCAUCGCUUUUUGGAGGAAGCUCAGUUCCCUUUCAGCCCGGGCGUCAAGCGUGGCUUCUCAGCGGACUUGAACUUGGCAGGUGCCAACUCCUUGGAUGAAGCCGAGACGAAGAGAAAGGACGACUCCUUCGAAUUGCGAGGACGGUUUUGGGCUUCCUUGGGUGUGGCCGACAGUUUCAACGGCACUGUCGUCCUGAGCUCCUGUAGCAACUGCUUCGGAGAGGCAGCUUCCGAGUCCGAGGAGAUGUCCAUGACAACGCUGCCGACCAAUGCACAGAGGCUUAUGGACGUGGUCUCGGUGGCAUCCGUGGCAAAGAGUGCAGGGCGCUGGCCCCGACUUCUACGCAAGCGCUUGCGAAAGAAGUCUGAGCAGAGGUGGAGGAGGAUUCUUCAGAUGUUGCCCGCCGGCCAGCGUCUUCGAGAGGCUCAGGAGCAAGCGCCAGUGACCCCACCGUUGUCACUUGCUGCCGCAGCAGGGGCCGACCGAAACCACCGUGUGGUGCUCCUUACCUCGUGUAUGGAGGAUCAUUACUUCCUGACAUAUUGCGGUCCUCUCUUCAUGAGCAUCGCGGAAUCUUUCGAUCUCUUCGGCGCAAAUGCAGACUCGGAUCUUGUCAUGGCCCUGGUUUCCGUGGUCGGGGUCACCUCGAAAAUCCUGGAAGUUGUGCAGCGCGCGAUGCCCUUCGUGGAGUUUGUGCCUUUUGAGGAGCACGACCAGUACCUCAGCACCCACACAGACCCCUUCGAGGCCGAGAACUACCGGAAGCUCACAUACCAGCCCAUGAAACUCUACCAGUACUUGUGGCUCUGGCGUCAAAAGCUUGUACACAUUAAGGAGAUUGGCUAUAUCCUUUGUAUGGACUCAGACAUGCUCGUGGUGAAGCCCUUUAUGCAUUUCCUGGAGCUGCUGUCGCAGCUCGAAGUGGAUGUGGCUUUUUCCUAUUACGACGGCACCCGCCACGUUCCGUGGGGUUCACCAGAAGAGCUGGCUUUCACGAAGCAGAGGGGCUUUGUGCGACUGCAGGGUGGGUUGCUGAUCAUGCGAAACUCUUUGGAAGCACUCCAUUGGUUUGCGACCUGGGAGUCGCUGACGGCAGCCGUCUACUUCCAGCGGGAGGAGGAAGGCCGACUCGGAGAUCGUUGGAGAGCCCUUUUGGAGGAUUUCAAAGGCCCUUCCCAGGCUGCCCUCGCUUUCCUGCUGACGCGGAGUGAGCUGGAAGUGAUGCAGAAUGUGAGUCAAUGCUGCAACGUUCCGAGGACGAUUGAGCUGGAGCCGUUACGGAAAGGCGAGCCACCCGUCUCAAUUAACAUGUUUGGUCUGCCAACGCAGUAUGUGAACGACGCAGAGUCGACGGAGGACGGUACCCUCCCCAAGACGGCCCACGUCAUCCACCUCAAGGGUGCGUGGUGGAGAAGCGUCCUGCCAGAAGGAAAGAAGACUGUGACAGCACCAACGAGGCUCUACGAGUGGAACCGGGAAGCUUUCGACCUGUGGCAGCGGCAUUUUGACUCGUUCUUUCAGCUGCUCCGUCUGCACGGCCUUAGCCUGAUCUUCCCUUAG